AUGGGUGACCAAGAGGAACCAAUGGUCUCCCACGGCCGCGGAGGUACCACCAUCCACCAUCACCACUGUACCACCCUUCCCCCAAAAAGCCAUGCGCUAACCAAAUCUUCCCUCUCUCUCUCACCAGGCCAGGGCAAUAUCGGCAAAGACUCGACCCAAUACAUCGACGGCGAGAUCGUCCGCGAAGGCGUCUACGGCGAUCAGGGUGACGGCGCAUACUCGGCCGGCCGCGGCGGCGUCGGCAACAUCGGCUCGCCGCACGUCCGGCCAACCUCCAAAGUCCCGCACGACGCGGAAAUGAUCCCUGAGCUGGCGGUGCGCGACUCCACCGACGAGACCUACCACACGGGCCGCGGCGGCCAGGGCAACGUACAUCUGGACGAGGCGGCACGCAAGGAGAAGGAGAAGAAGAAAGGACUGGCGCAUGAGGGUUUGGCGGAUAAAUUGAAGAACAAGCUUCUGGGCCGAAAGUAA